AUGUCUGCCGACCAGGAUCCACCCAGAUACCCCGACUUGACCGGCCAGGUCGCUCUAGUCACAGGUAUCGGGCAAGAUGGCCCGCCCGUAGAGACGACGAACUGGGGCAACGGUGCGGCGACGGCGCUGGCUCUGGCGCGCAACGGCGUCAGGGUCUUUGGGUGCGACAUCAACCUCGACGCCGCCAAACUCACCAAGUCGCGCAUAGAGAAAAUCGUCCCCGGUGCCGUCGUGGACGUGGCUCUCGCCGACGUCACCAAGGCCACGGACGUGGAACAGCUCGUCCAACAAUGCAUCUCGAGGUACUCGCGCAUCGACAUCCUCGUGAACAACGUCGGGCGCAGCGAAAAGGGCGGCCCCGCCGACAUGAGCGAGCAGGUCUGGGACGCGCAGACGGCCAUCAACCUGAAAUCCGUCUACCUGACCUGCCACGCCGUGCUACCGUACAUGGAAGCCCAGGGUCGGGGAGCCGUGGUCAACAUCAGCAGCAUCGCCAGCAUCCGGUACGUGGGGAAGCCGCAAGUGGCGUAUGCCGCGACCAAGGCGGCCGUCACGCAGUUCACGAAACACACGGCUGUCCUCUACGCCGACAAGGGCGUCCGCCUCAACACGGUCCUGCCGGGGCUCAUGUUCACGCCGCUCGUGCAGACGUUGGCCAACAAGUACGCCAGCGGCGACUACGAAGGAUUCGUGCAGACGAGACACAACCAGGUGCCGACGGGGAAGAUGGGCUCUUCGCGCGACGUCGCCAAUGCCGUGGUGUUUUUGUCGAGUAACGCCGCGGCGGGCUACAUUACGGGCCAGAAGCUGGUGGUUGACGGUGGGAUUGUCUCGAGCACAGGGCGGUUAUAG